AUGGCUGAUCCAAGAUUAAAAACAUUAAAAAUCAAAACAGGUGUUGUAAGAAGGUUGGCCAAAGAAAAAACCGUAUACGAGAAGGAAGCUAAUCAACAGAAAAAUAGAGUUGAAAAAUAUAAAGCUGAAGGACGCGAUGAACACGAUAUUAAAAAGCAAGAAGAGGUUCUCCAAGAAAGUUUGAUGAUGGUUCCAGAUUGUCAAAGAAGAUUGGCUAAAGCAUUUGAGGACUUAAAGGGUAUUCUAGAGUCAGAACAAGACUUAAAAGAAACUGAAGAAUAUUCUACUGCCCAAAAAGUGUUAGAUGAAGCUAAACUGCAAUUGCCAGGACCUGGUGAACUGCACAUGUGUUAA